AUGCCCGUUACAACAUCAGGGCGGGUCUCGAAGGCCCGCAAGAACUCGACGCCACACCAGAAGAACCACAGAUGGGAAUCCUUCUCGACAAAGAUCUCCAAGUUAAACUCCCUCGACCCUUUGCGCAAGGUGCGCCGCCAUGACCUCGAAGACGAAGACCUGUCCGCGACGACAUCCUACCUCCGAAAUGGCGUGGUCAAAUGGAGCGACCUCAAUAUCUCCAAGUCGUUCACCGACUUCAAACGAGAGAUCAUGCCUCUCUGCGAAACCCUUCCACAAAUCCUCCACUUCCAGGACAAGAUCAUGGAUCUGCUGGCUCAGUACCUCGGCAUGCAGGAUAGGGAGGCCUUGGAGCCUCUGCUAGAUCUCCUUACGGCCUUUGCCCACGAUCUUGGCACAAAAUUCGAACAAUACUACCAAAGAAGCUUGGAGAUUUUGGUCGCGAUCGCGAGUAAACCGCAAGAUGUCGACGUGAUUGAGUGGACUUUUGGAGCAUUCGCUUGGCUCUUCAAAUAUUUGUCAAAACUGCUGGUUCCGGACCUGACACCAACAUACGAUAUGUUAGCAGGCCUGCUUGGGAAGCGAAAACACCCAAUCCAUAUCAACAGGUUCGCCGCCGAGGCAAUGAGUUUCCUGGUCAAAAAGGCCGCCGCGCCAUCCAACCGCCAGACUGCCCUGCCUCGAAUCGUUGCACACGUGAGGGAUGAUUUGCAGGACUUAGCCAGAAGCCUGGCGCGGAAAAAUCAGGGUGACGAGGGAGAGCUGGCCGGGUAUGAGAUGGAAGCAGCAUAUAAGACCAAGCAGUUUGAGGCGUAUCGAGAAGGGAUCAUGAUAAUGUUCUCGGAGGCCAUGAAAGGGCCCGGGAGCACGCUUCACUCCACGGCCACAUAUCUGUUCGAUGCCCUUCUUGAAUCCGUGCCAUCCACGGAGCUCGAGCCUGGGAAUCCAACGUGCUGGACGGACGUCUGCUGUGGUGUUCUCAUCAGUAUUAUUCACCAUUCAACCGCCGAUUCCUUCCAGGUCUUAUCCGAAUCCAUACUCGAAGUCGCGUCAAGACGCAUGAAAAAUGAGGGCCAGGAUAACCCUUUCGGACUUUCCUUGUUUACGCGCCUUCUCGGAAUCAUGGCUGGUGUGCGAAGUGGUUCUAGGCUGAAUGAUUGGCGACCUGUUGUCAAGACUCUCACAGAACUGCUUCAGCUGCUGUCCAAAGAUGCCGACAAUAUUUCAAAAUACUCUGGAUCGAUAGUUUGGGAUACUGUGGUGGGGAACACAGCCAUCUGCUGGACCCAGGCACCUAUGGAUGCACUCAUGCCUUCACUCAACGACUUCAAUAAGGCAAUGACACGAGAGCCUCUUAUGAGGUGGUACAUACCAUUCUGCGGUUACCUGGCUGAAGUCAAUGGGGCGAGAUUCCGCAGUCUCUUCCAAAAGCCGUUCCAGAAGUUUGUUGCGGCACACUGGUCAGAGACUGGGAACGAGGAACUGCUCUGUGUACUGCUGCCAAAGUUGGUGGCGUGCGGCGCUAUACCUGCUGGGGGACAUAAAGAGGGCUUCCUGCUACCACAAUCAUGGCAAGACCAGAUUGUCACAAAAUUUGAGGAGUUGGGAAACACGCCUUUCCCAGAAACAAACUCCCAGAGCAAGAACCCAGACGUCUGGCGGGACCAUUGCUUACCAAAGUAUGCCGCGCUACUCAGGGUCUUGGAGUCGACAAAUGUGCACCCUUCCACCAACGCCAGAAUCGCCGAGUUACUCCUUAAGAAGUUGAAACUCGCCUUGCGACCGUCUGAAUCUCUCGCGACCGACGAGACUCGAUUCAUCGUCACUCAAGGAUUCCUCGCAUAUCUACGAAUGAGCAAAGCAUCCAGCUCAGUCGACGGAUCAUUGAGUCCAUUGCUGAAAGCCGCGGCACCACGCUUCUCCCGCAGCCCCUCGUUCCUUGAAGCCCUGCUUGGAUAUGAGAAGGAGAUGCUCGCCCAGCAGAAGCCCAGUGGCAAGGAAAACCUCAUCGUUGAGGAUCACCCGUUUCUCCAGUCACUGGUCAAUAAUUUGGCCAACUCGUCUCGGCCCCUCCGUAUGGCAUCCUUGAAGGUAUUCGAUGUCCUGCCGUCUACUCCAGACCAAGACUCCUGUCUUUCGACAAUGAUCUCAGUUGAGGAGCUGCCUUUGGACCACAACAGCCCGAGGGCAAUUGCAAUUCAUCUGCGGCGACUUGCCAAGUCCUACCCUCAUCUUGAUGAGAACUCAUGGUUGCGGCAUGCCAUUCCAGCGUUCCUCUUCGGGCAGCUCACCAUUAGACUCGCCCCGGUUUGGGAUGACGCUGUGGAGGCACUCAAGCAGAUUGCUGAAGACAAGUCUGCUGCUGAAAUUGUGUUCAAUCGGGCAUUUGAAUGGCUUCAAAUUCCCUCGCCUCGCUGGACCCCACCACAAGUCCCAUCCGGCCCUACCAGGGGGCUCACCUCGGACUUCGAGUGCUCGAACCUUGGCGGCCUGAGGGAGCAAGCUCGCGAAAUCAGUGAAGCAUUGGACGCUCCCUCGAGCAUUCUGUUGCAACAUUUUGAAGGCGAACAAGAUAUACCGCCUGAUUAUGUUGCCAACGCAAGGGCCAAAGCGCUCAAAGUCCUCUCGGGCAUCCCCUCUUCAGCAGAGAAGAGAUCUAGGAAAAUCGUGCCGUUCCUACUUUCUCUGGAUGAUGCACAUAGUCCCUCGUCUGAGGACGAAGAGGAAGACAGCGUGCUUCCCGAAGGCGACUUCUGGUCCCUACCAGACCGGAAGGGCCUCAUCGGCGUUUUUGCGCAGUUCGGCAACCCAAAGGUUCUCUAUAAAAGCUCGGACGUCUACAGCACGCUUCUUGGUCUCCUGGCGAAUCGUGAAAUCGAAGUCCAGAAGCUAGCGUUGAAGGCCAUUUUGGCCUGGAAGCAGGAAGGGGUGAAGCCUUACAAGGAGAACCUGGAAAACCUCCUCGAUGACGCUCGCUUCAAGAAUGAGCUGACAGUCUUUCUGCAAGAUGAUGAGCUGAUACGGGGUGAGCAUCGAGCGGAGCUCAUGCCCGUGCUUUUGCGAAUUUUGUACGGAAGGGCCACGGCUAAAAAGGGUGCUGCGAGCGGCCGAAAUGGACUUCAUGCAACUCGCCUGGCAGUCAUUCGAAAUCUUUCCCUCGAGGAUGUCGGAGGGUUUUUGGACAUCGCGCUUGGCAACCUUCGCGAUGUUCGCGUUGUCGAUGCAUCAGGGCUCAGCCAGAGUCUGUUGCGAGAGGAAAGGAUCACUGCGCGCAAGAUGGUGGGGUUGCUUCACAUGGUUGACUCUGUCAUCAAUGAACUCGGCGCGAGCGUUGAGAGGUACAUGAGUCCUCUUGUCAAUGCCGUGCUAUACUGUUUGUUCUCGGCUUCUCGCAAUCUGCAGCAAGCAGAGCGCAAUGAUGAAGAGGCGGAUGACGACGCCAGUGUUGACGAAAACAAGACAAGCAACGCGUCACUGUACAGAGUCGCCAGAACGACGUCGUUGAAGUGUCUCUGUGCUUUGGUCAGGAACAACACAAGUUUUGAUUGGGCACCUUAUCAAGAUGCAAUUGUCGCGGAAAUUGUGGCGCCCGUUGUCAUCCAACCUGUUGGGGAGAUGGCCCAAGGCAUUUCUUGGACUUGGAAGCUUCUCGACACCUGGACUCUCUCAACUCAAACUGCACGUGCCCUGGCAAUCAACGCCAAUGUCAUACCCAAGAUUGCGGAAUGCAUUGGCUUCGAGAAGAGCAAGAAUGAAGUUCGGAUCUUCGCUCUUGGAAUUGUGCGCAAUUUGGUCAAGCUUGCGCAAGCUCCGGAGUCUGAUGGUGUCGUCAAGGACCGGGUCCUUGACCCCAACGCAGACAAGAUUCUGAGCAUCAUUGGCAACUAUUUGCACGGUGGACACGACAUAGACAUCAGGGUUCUGGAGGCUUGCAUUGACACGGUAGUGGAACUCUCGUCCGUGGUUGAUGGAUCGAGAAACGCCCGCAUUCUCGUUGACAUCUCAACGCACUUGUUGAAUCAGCCCGCGCGGCGUGUGAGCCCCAAGAUCAAGGGAUCACUGCUUCUGAUUCUGGAGCAUUACGUUGUCGUCGAUGACAUUCACAAUGACCCGAACUUGAAGAGGAGCGUGUUGAAAACGCUGUCGGGUCUGUUCAGCUUCUUCAAGGACAAGCGAAACCGAGAAUCGCUGUCAAAUGUCCUCGUGGCCUACGCCACACGAGAUCCCACCGUGCAAGAGGUUGCCCGAAUUUGCGCAGAACUUAACUCAUAUGUUGCGGAAAGGUUGGAUGAGCCCGAUUAUGACCGCCGGCUUGCUGCUUUCAACGCCAUCACCAAGGUAGAGACGGCCUUCACCAUCGAGCAAUGGCUACCACUGCUCCACAACGCGGUCUUCUUUCUUCAUCACGACGAAGAAUUUGGAAUCCUGUCAUCCAAUUCAGCAGAUGUGCUUUGCAGGCUGGUCAAUGCGGCAGCGGAUGCCUGGAACACAGAGAUACAGCCGGCUUAUGUCGAACUUCUGAACGAGAUCAUCAUGCCAGCAGUCCAUGCCGGAGUCAGAGACCUGUCGGAGACUGUGCGCCGCGAAACUGUGAGGCUACUUAGCCACGCGGUGAGCAAGCUCGGCGCCUGGUCAUUGGUCAGCGACCUUGCUGUGUUGCUUCCAGCAAAUGAAGAGGAAGCCAACAAGGCCUUCUUUGUCAACAUUCUCACUCCAUCCGUUUCAAAACAAGUGCAGGCCGUCCAGACGCUGAGCUUGGUCAACGAGCGCAAUGAGCUCGGUAGCAAGAACAUCAGCCAGAUUCUUCUGCCACUGUUGGAGCAUUUCAUCUGGGGACGUGCCGGCGCCGAUGAUCACGGCCUGGGGGCUCAAGCUGCUGCCACGAUCGCCAGCCUCAGUGGUUCUCUCGAAUGGUCCCAGUACAGAGCGACACUGCGGAGAUACAUUUCGUAUUUGACCUCAAAACCCGAACUCCACAAGCAGGUAAUCCGCCUUCUCGACAAAGUCGUCGAUGCCCUGGUCUCGUCUGCUGGAAGUAAGAAUGAAUCGGCGAUGGAGGUGGACGGGGCCGAAGCCGCAAAACACCGCCUUGCUCGGUCGCUGCCAUCUACGGAUAAGAUGGCCGAGGAGUUCACAGCCAACUUCACGCCGCCUUUACUAGAACAUCUCAAGGACAAAGACGAGGAGACUGUCAGCGCAAGAGUGCCCGUGGCAGUCAUCCUUGUCAAGCUGCUGCGAUUACUGCCGGAUGAGACUCUCAGUCUGCAGCUUCCGAGUGUCCUCACGGAUCUCUGCCACAUUCUGAGGAGCAAAGCCGUGGAGGCUAGAGAUAUGGCCCGAUCCACCUUGGCCAAGAUUGCCUGCAUAUUAGGACCACCAUCCUUCGGUUUCAUCCUCAAAGAAAUGCGCGGAGCACUGAAGAUGGGUACACAGUUGCAUGUCUUGUCAUACACAAUGCACACCCUCCUCCUGGCUGUGACACCCGAAUUCCAGCAGGGAGACCUUGAUUACUGCCUAGAGUCAAUGGUAGCAGUGAUCAUGGACGACAUCUUCGGAAUCAGCGGCCAGGAAAAGGACGCAGAAGGCUACGUGAGCAAGUGGAAGGAGGUCAAGAGCAGCAAGAGCCAAGACAGCAUGGAGCUGAUUGCGUCGACUGCUUCUAUCACCCACCUCGUCGAGCUCGUCAAGCCAUUACAAGCCAUGUUGCUAGAAAAGCUUGACCUUCGCACGGCCCGCAAAAUAGACGAGCUGCUGAACAGGAUUGCAUCGGGCCUGCAGAAGAAUCCAGCCUCCGACAGCCAAGACACGCUAGUUUUCUGCUACGAAGUCAUCCAGGAGGUCUACAAUAGUCGCAAACCAACCGCCGAGAAGAAGAUUGAUCCAAAAUUGAAGCGAUAUCUGAUACAGAGGGGAGCUAAGAGGGAGGACCGAGGCGCAGCCAGCAAGCACACUUACAAACUGAUGCGUUUUGCCAUGGACAUUCUCAGGUCUGUUCUGAAGAAGCGCGAGGGUCUUCGAUCUGCGGGCAACAUUAGUGGCUUCAUUCCGAUUCUUGGUGAUGCUAUUGUGGCAGGCGAGGAAGAGGUCAAGAUCGCGGUCUUCAAGCUCCUCACUGUCCUGGUCAAGGUUCCUUAUAAGACCAAUGAGCUUAACGACCUGUACAAGGUCGCUUCCAAGGAUGCUCUGAAAUGCGUCUCUCAGUCUGUGUCCACCAGCACUGAUCUCGCACAGACAGCUUUAAAGCUUCUAUCUGUCAUACUUCGAGACAGGCGCGAAGUUGUCGUCAAAGAUGCCGCUAUCGACAUGCUACUCGGCAAGCUGAAAGACGAUCUCACCGAGCCACUGUACCGCCAUGUUACUUUCAAGUUUCUGCGCUCCAUCCUGGACCGGAAGAUCGAAACUGCUGCUGUCUACGACACGCUUGACUAUGUUGGAACCGUCAUGAUCACGAACGACGACAAGGACACAAGGGACCUCGCCAGAGGUGCUUUCUUCCAAUUCUUGCGAGAGUACCCACAGAAGAAGAGCAGAUGGGAGAAGCAGAUCGACUUCAUCAUCGCCAACCUCAAAUAUCCCCGCGAAGGGGGUCGAAUCUCGGUCAUGGAGGUGCUGCAUCUGUUGCUAACCAAGUCGGCCCCGGAUUUCGUCAAAGAGAUUGCAGCAACAUGUUUCUUCCCGUUGGUGCUUGUCAUUGGCAACGAUGAGAGUGAAAAGUGUCAGCUUAUUGCUGGUGUGCUGAUGAAGGAGAUUUUCAGCAAGGCCGACCCAGCGCAUCUGAAGGAGUUCUUGGAUAGGAUGCGGGCCUGGGCAAAAAGCCAGGAUAACACUUCCAUGUUGAAGUUGGGAUUCCAGAUUUGGAGCCUGUACUUCGAGGCUUUAGAGCCGAGCGAGAAAGACAAGAAGGACGUGAAGUUGCUGAUGGGCAGCCUCGUGACCGUCUUUUCUGACAAAGAUCAGGAGGACUGGGAGCUUGUCAACUCUGCAUUGAAUCUUGUGCGCGUUCUGGUCGACCGGCACCCUGAUAGGAUGUUAUCCACGGCCUCUGAGGAAUUGUGGGCUGGUAUCUUCCGCUGCAUGUCCCACGAGCGCCCGGCCAUCAAGCUCAAUGCCGUGAAACUGCUGGCUACCUAUCUGUCUGAUUUCGCUGGCAGCACUGCAGCGCUGACCAAGGGACAGUCCGUUAUGGGAGAAAAUGGCCAGACACUCGGACAGGAAAAGAUCUGGGAGAUCAUCAGAUUGUUGCUGAGCACUCUCCGGGGUCUCGAGGUUGACGAGGAGUUGGCACGGGAGAGCGUACAGAUUCUCGUCCCACUCACACGUUUCCUGAGCAACGCAACGGCCGAGGAUGACGGCGAGGCCUCCGACCAAGAAGACGGUCAAGACGAAGACGAAGACGACUUCUUCAAAGACGGCGAGGAAGAAGAGGACGAGAAGAAGAAGCCGGGCACAAUGACCAUGCGCUAUGUCUUUUCCCGGCUGGCCGAAGUCAUCAGGCGCGAGACGCCGCCCAGGGCGCCGACGCUCGUCUCCAAGCUCGCAGCAGCCGAGGCGCUAGACGUGUUGUGUGCCAGGAACGACGCUGCGACGCUCCAGCCGUCCCUGCGGGCCAUCCUCCGGCCGCUUCGAAACCUGACAGACCCGAACAUCCCCAUGCCGUUCUCGACGGACGAGCUAUUCAAGACGCGGCACGAGGCGCUCAAGACGAAAGCGCAGCAGAUCAUGGACGCGCUGCAGGAGAAGCUGGGCACGUCCGAGUACACCAAGCAGCUGCUUGCGGUGGGCGAGGAGAUCAAAGGGCGAAGAAUGCACCGCAGUAGCAAGAGAAAGGUGGAGGCCAUCACGGCGCCGGAGAAGUGGGGCCGGGAGAAGAAGCGCAAGUUGGAGAGCAAGAAGAACAGGAGGAAGGCUGUUGGGUUGGAGCAUCGGAGCAAGCGGAGGGGUUAUUAG